CAGCCGCCAUCAUACUGGAACAUCAAAAUGACUGACGAUAAGAAGACCUAUUACCACCACACAACUAAGGACGGAGCCGCAAAAAUAUUACAGUCAGGGUACAUCAAGCAAUCAACUGAUACGAAAACAGAUGCUAGGCAUGGUCCCGGUACUUACCUUACCAGAAUGGGCCCAGAUAAGUCCCAGAAAGAUAUAGCAAAGAAUAACUACGACGGAGUCAACAAUCGGUUUGCAGAUAAAAUGAUGAAGGAAGGUAAAACAGACGUGGCCAUAGCCAUUGAUCUGCCCAGCAGUAAGGUUACCAAGGCGAAUUCAGAUCGCGACAUUUAUGUGUCGCCGGGAGAUAUUACCAUAAAGGACAAAAAUCCAAGGGUUUAUAUGAGGGAUAAGGAUGGAAAGGCUCUGGAGUUAAAACCCAAGUAGAAAAUGAAACCAUCGAGUACUAGUACACACGAUUCUUUCGUGUUUGCUUUGAACUAAAUGCUAAAUUUUCUCUCCCUAAAUUCUACCAAAAUGAAAUCUUGAUAUCUGAAAGGCGAACAUUGUUUUCUAAUCAAGCAAAAGUGUGGAAAGAAGCCUAAUUCUUAAGGCUUACUUCGACUCAAGCUUUAUCUGGACUGUUAUUAUUAAAAGUGUAAUUUGAUGGCUUACAAAGGACAGCAUGAAAACAAUAUGAUAAUGUAUAGAUAAUACUAAAUCGAACUUGAUACAGGCCUGUCUUCCUCAGUGUGAAGUGUGAUC